GUAGCAAAUGCCCAUCCAGUCUCCAACGCAAGUCAAAGCAGUUUUUGCUAUUUCGGUGAACAUCGUGAAGGACGAGCGCGGGACGGUACGAGUGGUGCAAGCUGUACAACUUUACUUCGUACGGUAGCGUCGUGCGUACGAUAAACCUGUUUGAACUCACGUUGAGUCAAGCUCGCCACGUUGGCACAGUUUCGCUCUGGAGUCUUUGACCAGGAAAAAAGGCAGGGAAGGCUCGCCGCCCGAUCACUUUGCUUUCUACAAUUUGUACGGUUUUGGAGUUUACACAAGGCAGUACCACAACCAUCUUGGGCUCCUGUGAAGUGCCAGGAGAGCUGAGGGGUCAUGGCGGAAGCCCGAUUGGCUGUUGCCUUUCAAUUCUCUGUCACCGACGAGGGGAACAUCAGCUUUCGUGUCGAUCGCCAGCUGAUCAACAAUGUCCUGCUUUCCUCAGCACGAUCGGCGCAGAGGCGAUUCUUGGAGUUGAGGAACUCGGUGUUGCGGGCAAUUUAUCCUGGUUCGCCCUGGUCCUUGGUGUUAUGGCUAGCCGUAUUCACCCUGUUGCGCCUCCUAUCGCCGGGCACUGCGUCUAAGCUGCUGCAAUGGUGGCAGUCGUUCCUGCCUUUUCUGGAUCGGCUGGCCAGCCCCGACGCCGUGCACGUGGUGUCCGUGCUGUCGCUGGCGCUGAUCGUCUGGAUUUCUGGCCUGUACAUCCAGCGGUACGUGCUCAUCAUGCUUCUCUACUUCAAAGGCUACCUGUACACGGCGCACGGCAAGAUGCCGCUGCUCAUCAAGCUCUGGUUCCUGUGCGUGAAGUUCGUGAUCGGACCUAUCCGCCCGAGCCUGUACACAUUCCAGACAUCACUACCCUGGCUACCACUGCCAUCGGUGGAGGACACGUGCAAGAACUAUUUGAGGACUGUGCGGCCGCUGAUGGACGACGAGAAGUACGAGGCGACCAGGAAACGCGCCGAGGAGUUUGCGGCGGGCAGCGGGCGCUGGCUGCAGCUGUUCUUGCGCGCCAAGCACCUGUUCAGCAGUAACUACGUGUCGGACUGGUGGGAGCAGUACGUGUACCUGCGCGGCCGCUCGCCAAUCAUGAUCAACUCCAACUACUACAUCCUGGACGGGUUUCCGCGCACGACCAAAGUGCAGGCGGCGCGCGUCGGCUGCCUGCUGCACUUCCUGGCCAAGUUCAAGCAGGACCUGGAGCUGGAGCGCGUUAAGCCCAUGCUGAUCAGCAACGCGGUGCCGCUGUGCAUGAACCAGUACAAGCGCGUGUUCGGCACCACGCGCCUGCCCGGCGUGGAGCAGGAUGAGAUCCAGCACGUGCCCUACUGGAAGUCGCGCCACGUGGCCGUGAUGCGGCGCGGACGCUUCUACCACGUGCCGCUCUACUACAGCGGGCGCAUUCUGCAGCCGGCCGAGCUCGAGAUGCUCAUACAGUUGAUCAUCGACGACGACGCGGUGGUUAAGGACGUUCCCGACGGCGAGCUUCACCUGCCAGCCCUGACCGCCACCGACCGGACAUCCUGGGCUAAAGUACGCCAGAGCCACUUCAGCUCUGGCCUGAACCAGAAGAGCCUGCAGAUCGUCGAGACGGCCGCCUGUGUUAUCGUCCUGGAGGACGGUGAGCCGUCGUUCUCUCCCGGAAGCGACACGGAGGUAACUGCCCUGUCUCGCUCUGGCCUGCACGGCAACGGCUACAACCGCUGGUUCGACAAGAGCCUGACGCUGGCCGUGUACUCCAACGGCGUGUUUGUGGGCAAUGCGGAGCACAGCUGGGCAGACGCCCCUGUCAUCGGCCACCUGUUCGAGGUGCUCAUGAUGAAGGAGCAUGUGUUGUCGCGCGACGCGCCAAUCUACGGAGAAGACGGCCAUUGUUUGGGCAAGGUGAGUUGCCCACGGCGCUUGCCACAGCGCCUGCGCUGGAACCUGCCGGAGGCGUGCAACACGGAGAUCUCGCGUGCGCUCACGGACGCCGAGAAGCUGAUCGCCGACCUGGACCUGUACGUGCUGUGCCAUACGGAGUUUGGCAAGGGCGCCGUCAAGAAGUGCCGCAUGUCGCCCGACGCCUUCAUCCAGAUGGCGCUGCAGCUCGCCUACUGGCGCGACAUCGGCAAGUUCAGCCUGACGUACGAGGCGUCGAUGACGCGCCUGUUCCGCGAGGGUCGCACCGAGACCGUACGGCCCGUGUCCGGCGAGUCAUGCGCGUUCGUGGCGGCCAUGCAGAAGUACGUUGCCGGUGGCGACGGAGCGCCGACCGCUGCUGAAGUCCAGGGCCUGCUGCGCGCUGCCGGCAAUCGCCACCAGGAGAGCUACCGCAACGCCAUGGCCGGCUGUGGCGUCGAUCGGCAUCUGUUUACGCUCUACGUCGUCUCGAAGUACCUCGGCAAGGACGAGCCAUUCCUGCAGGACGUGCUCAGCGAGCCGUGGCGCCUGUCUACGUCGCAGACGCCGUACAAUCAGGAUCCACCAAAGGGUGUGAAAAUUCCAGAUGACCUGACCGGCGGCGGUGGGUUUGGACCGGUUGCCGAUAACGGUUACGGUGUGUCGUACAUCAUCGUCGGCGAAAAGAAGAUCUUCUUCCACGUCAGUAGCAAGUUCUCGGCGGAGGCAACCAGCUCGGAGCGGUUUGCCAAGAAUAUCCGCCAAGCCAUGCGCGACAUGAUCAACCUGUUUGAGGUUAGCCCGGUGGCAAAGUAGAUCCGCCCGCGGUAGUGAAUAAUACGCUGCCGCGUAUCUGCAGUGAAUGCGCCAGUCAAUGCUGUGGUGUUGUCCCUCGUGCAAGUAGCUAGAUCUCAAGUGCACCACAUGCCGCUGCCGCGUCUUGAAGCGCAUGGUCCAAGUGUUUGCGGGGGAUGUCUCGGUCAAGCUCCGCUAGCGCAGCUGCCAGUGAACACGUGCAUCCUCGCACGCUUCCAAACGCACCGUCCAAUGACGUAUCUCAUCGGACGGCUUGAGUAAGUUAAUGCAAAGAAGAACGGGCAUUGCAAUGGCAGUGGUGAACUGCGUUGAUCUUUGUGCCUGGCAUGAGUUUCUUUCUUUUCUUUUUUGCUAAUUUAUGAAGUUCACACCAACCAGAGCAUUUUCUCAAGGCAACUGCUUUAUCUCUAUGAUUGAAACGAUUCCUUAGCUAUUCUAAGUCCGUACUAAUGCUUUGUUCGGCUGAUAAGAACUGUUUGCUUGUCGCAGUUCCUGUAGGUACGUUUUCACAUGGGUCAAUGGAAGCAUUGCUGUGCUGUUUUUUGAGCCCACAUUCUCGUAGAGGCCGUACUGAUUUCUCUGUGAUCUUUUCGACCGAAGUCUCUCUCUCUCUCUCUUUCUUUCUCUCUCUCUCUCUCUCUCUCUCUCUCUCUCUCUCUCUCUCUCUCUUUCUCUCUCUCUCUUUCUUUCUCUCCCUCUCUCUCUCUCCCUCUCUCUCUCUCUCUCUCUCUCUCUCUCUCUCUCUCUCUCUCUCUCUCUCUCUCUCUCUCUCUCCAUCUUUCUCUCCCUCUCUUUCUCUCUCUCUCUCUCUCUCUCUCUCUCUCUCUCUCUCUCUCUCUCUCUCUCUCUCUCUCUCUCUCUGUCUGUGUCUGUCUGUCUGUCUGGCUCUCUCCCUGCUGCGCUUGUUUUAGGGCGCAUUUUUUGUACACUAAUAUAUCAGAAUUCUAGUUUUCUCCCUGGUCCCUCCCUCCCCCUAGGAGCCUUGUGAGUCUAACUCCCCCUAGGAACCUAGUGAGUCAAAUCUCCAAUCAAUCCACCUCUUUUUUGUACUGACUCUGUUUUAACCCAGCGAAGAAUUUUCAACAAUGCUGUUACAGAUUUGCUCCACACUACCGUUUUACCCGCAACCUUUUCAUAGCUGCAAGCUUGUUUGAUGCUACUUUGAACGUGCAUUUCUCUUCAAAUUUCUUUUGAGAUCUGUAGUGACGGCGAAUGUUCCGCACAGCAUGUUUUUUGUCCAGACCGUCCACCCUGGCCUGGAAUCUAUGGAGAAAAACAAUGUUUCUGCGGAGAA